GACGAGGAGAAACAUAAACAGAACACAAAAGAGACAGAGAGAAGAUCUGUGGAAAGAAAGCGAAAGAUGGCUGGUGAAGAAGGACAAGUGAUCGCAUGUCACACCGUUGAGGCAUGGAACGAACAACUCCAAAAGGGCAAUGACUCCAAAACUCUUGUGGUAGUUGAUUUCACGGCUUCUUGGUGUGGACCGUGUCGUUUCAUAGCUCCAUUCUUUGCUGAUUUGGCUAAGAAACUCCCUAAUGUGAUCUUCCUCAAGGUUGAUAUUGACGAACUUAAGACAGUGGCGAGUGACUGGGCGAUUGAGGCGAUGCCAACAUUCAUGUUCAUGAAAGAAGGGAAGAUUGUGGACAAAGUUAUUGGUGCCAAGAAAGAUGAGCUUCAAUCUACUAUUGCCAAACACUUGGCUUAACCAAAGCUUUUCACAUGUCUUUUGUCUUAAGAUAUUGGGUUAAUUGCUUUUCAUUUACUCUCGAGAUGUUAUAACUUGUUCCCCCUUCGUUGUGAUGCUUCCUAUUUAAUCACAUCUGAUCAGAAUGUGACUAUUUGCUUUUUAUUUUCCCUUGAGAUAUUAUGUUCCUUUGUUUAUCCAG